AUGGCGACCACUAUCAAUGUUGUCAAGCUAGAGCCUACCAAUGACGGCCAGGACCCUCCCAAGAUCCUCAAUUUCGAGACGGUCGCUUCCUACAAUUGGCUGGACGAACCAACGCCAACCAUCCUUGUGCCAGGCACUCCGCCAAUCUGGGUUCCACCUCAGAUAAGCCCAGCGCUGAAACCAGACAUCGGAGGCCGUUACGUUGAUCAGAAUGCCGACCGCACUCCUGGAUCGCCAUUGCAAGCCUUGAUCCAUGCUGUUCAAACCUGUCAGCCAGACUUUGACUUUACGAACGUCGACAUCGUCACCGAUAGAAAGCCUGUACGCUGUCUCCUAGGCUUUGUGAAUGCCGAGCCUGUCGCGUUCAAGUUUGGUAUCUCUGUCGUUGGCAACACUGCAUUGUUCACCCGCAUGGAGGAGAGAACUCGGGACCAACCUUCCAGGCGCUACAAUGGAUAUCGAGACGCUUUCGAACAACAGUAUACUAAGAUUCCCGCUUCCGCAGCUCGCAGCACCUCCCAUCAUCGUGUGGUGAAAUAUGACUUCGCAGACCUGACAAUCCUCGUUCGUUAUGCGGUUGAUGCGUAUCUGGGAGAUCUCGCAAAGGCGCUCAUGCACGCCGAUGGCAUUGAAAACACCGAUCCGGGGCCUCUGGUCAAACAACGCGAGAACAUGAACAUCGAGGGAAACCCUCCAUCCAAGACCCUAUCAAGCAACACACCAGUCACAGUCAUUGAUGGCGGUCGUCACAUUCCUCAUGCGGCCACUUUAGAACUUACGACGAGAACAAAGCACAGUCAAGCCCCUGACAGCAUCGAGCAGAAGCUGCCAGACUUUUGGAUCUCGCAAACUCUGAACUACCAUUUGUGCCUCCAUCGUGAAACAAAGGAGAAAUCAAGCCGCUCGACCAUUUUCCAUCGCAUAAGACUCAUCCCCAUGGGCGAUUUGUUAUUAGACUGGGAAAAGACUAAUGCAGAGAAGCUGCGCGCUUUGGGGCAUGUUUUGAGACGAGUCAUAGAGGCAGCUAAAGAGCUCGGAGGAUCUUGCAUUGUGAGCUCCGAUAAAAGCGAAGGGGCAUCACUCAAGGUAUCCAGAGCUGAAGAGGAUGAAGUACCGGCGCUGCCUAAGGAUAUGCGAUCUCUUUUUCUACCAAUCAAGAAUGAGGCAGUGGAUGUGCCGAUGAAGCAAGAGGAGGUUGCCGGCCAAGAUGGGACACGGAAGCGAAAAUCUGGUACUGAGCAUGCUCCCGAAUUGACAGGCUCGCCUCCUGCAAGAAGAACGGCAUUGAAUUCAAUUUCCCGCACUCCUGGAGAAGUCACUGUACCUACUGAAGACGGAGGGGUUACCAAAACAGCAAGCACGAGAGCCUACGAUGGAACACGCAAACGAAAGCUCGACGCCGAGGACGCCCCAGAGCUGACAGACUCGCCCCCUGCUAGAAGGAGAGCACUGAAAUCAGUAUUGAGCACUUCAGAAGAGGUUGUUACAACCAUCAAAGAAGAGGAGCCGAGUGUGAAGAUAAAGGACGAGCCCGUGGACACCGAGAUGGCAUUGUAG